AUGAUGAACGGAACACAAGAAGGCAACACUCGUCUCACCUCUUCAACUUCAAAAGACGUUAUAAAACCUUCCCUUUCUACGAUUGUUAUGAUACAUGGCUGGCUACAGAAUGGAAAGAUUUUUAAAGACAAGAGUGCAGCAUUCCGAAAGCAAUUUCCCAAUCAUCAAUUUGCCUUCUCCUUUCCGAAUGCUCCGUUUGUUCAGUCGAAACAAGAGGUGUCCCAAAUGAUUUCUUCACCAGCUCGAGUAAUUAACAGCAGCGAUGACCAGGAUAAUAACAAUACUGAAUCAGAAGAACCCAUUCCGGAUGAGGCUCUACAAAGAACUUGGGUGUUUUCACGAAUGAAUAGAACAGUGUAUGCACGAUGGAGGGAGUCCAUUCUCUAUUUAUUGAAUUACAUGAGAAAAGAAAGGAAGGAAGGUAAAAGAAUUGAUGGCUUGUUAGGUUUUUCUCAAGGAGGAGCCAUGGUUACAGUUUUGGCAGCCCUCAUCUCGAUGGAAUAUCAUAACUUGCUGAAUCGAGAAUGUUUACCAAGCUCUCUCUACGAACCUCAUCCUCACGAUGAAGAUGAAACAAAUUUUGAUGACAUUAUUGAGGCGAUCAGAGAGUUGUUUUUUACAGUCCACCCUGAAAAUGGAAAGAAAGAAUGCACCCUGAAAUUGGUGAUUCUUGUUGGAACCUUUAAACCAAAUUCGAUACAGAUUAAUCAAGUGAUGGAAACAUUAAUGAGUAGAAAUUUGAAAAUUGGAGGAUUUUUCAAAACAUUACAUAUUUAUGGACUGAAUGACGACGUUAUUAAACCAGAGCGAUCUCAGGAAUUGGCAGAGGAUUGGUACGUUCGUGAUUCAACGGUGAUAUUGACUCACCCAAAGAAACACAUAUUGCCCACAGGAAGUGAAGUGAAAGAAGAAUUGCGAAGGUUCAUCAAAUCUUCUCUAUGA